AUGGCGGAGCCCGUGCGUCCGUUGGAUAUCCACUUUGCCAGUGGAGAAAUCGUCACCAUCGACCUGGACAAUCUAAACACUGAGCCGGGCUCGACGAUAGUUGAAAUGUUACGCGAGGGGCAGUGUCAUGUAAAAGCAUGGGUAAGGCUCGCUACAGAGUACUGGAGGCUUGGGCUAGUGGAUGUAGCGGUGGACAUAGCGAACAACGCUGUUCAAUGGUUUAUGAGCAAUGGAGACGAAGCCUCGUUACCGAGAGUUCAUGCUUUGUUAGGCAACCUACUACUUGAACGAGCACGUACAGCGCCAAAAAUGAUCAUUUCCGAUGCUCGAGGCGAUGUUAUGGCCAAUGCGUCACCGAAAUCGCACUACCACCAGCAAACGGCUCAGCAUAUGAAUCACGCCGCUGAACUUGCUGCACGAGAGGUAUCGAAGGAUGAUGUGCGAACUCAGUCUCUGAUCUAUCUUACUAGAGGGAAUUACCUACUGUCGAUCCGGCAACUUGAUGAUGCGUUGAACGCCUUUGAGCAAGUCCUCGCUUUGCGACCUUCGAACAUCCCUUCUCUCCUGGGGAAAGCUCGAAUAUUCUAUACGCGACGGCAGCAUAGGGAGGCCCUGAAGAUUUUUCAGAGAGUUCUCGCCUUAAAUCCAAUGGUGGCCCCGGAUCCACGCAUUGGCAUUGGUUUGUGCCUAUGGGCUCUGAAUAAUCACGACAAAGCCCGUGCAGCAUGGCAACGAAGUCUUGAACUAGAUGCUGCCAGUUGGCCCGCUCUAUUACUCCUAGGCCUCGAUGCCCUCAACAGCAGCAAACAAGCGACUCGAUCCAGUGAAGAGCGUGCGGAAUUGUACAAAACAGGGCUAACACGGAUCCAAACCGUCUUCAAGCUCAACAAAUAUAAUGCAGCCGCUGCUAAUGCCUUGAGCGAAUUUUUCCUUCGCAAGAACGACAUCAACACGGCCCUCAGGCUCGCAGAGCGUACCAUGCAAUUCGCUGACACCCUUCCAUUGUUUACUGAUGGUCAUCUUCGCACGGCUCGUGUCGCUCAUGCCUCUGGGCGAUUCGACGAUGCAAGAAGACAUUACGCUUCAGCUGUGGAAGGCGCUCCGAAACAUUUGCUGGCAAAUUUAGGCGUCGCCCAGAUGCAAAUACAAAACGAUGAAAUCCUGGCUGCUAUCCAUACUUUGGACAGUAUUGUCAAGCAACAUAGCUUGGAUAUCGCUUCACUAGAAGCACUUCCGGUUCUUGCCUCUUUGCGAGCUUACCCACGUCCCGCGAUAACUAAUCAAGAGGUCCUUGCUGAGAAAUCACGAGCAAAGGAGCUUUUUGAUAGAUUAUCCAAAAUCAUGGAAACCAUUUCGGCUGCCCUCAAUGAUCCGGCCCGGCUGCAACCGUUCCUUGCAAACCGAACCCUUGACUCUGUUCUGCAUGUGUUCCGAGACGUCGAGCUACAUGUCGAAAUUGCCAAUCUCUGGAGCAAAGACAGUCUGGAGAGAGCAAGCAAGUCACUAAUGGAAGCAGUUCAAUUUAUCAAGAGCACAGACUCCAGUAUCUCAGCAAUUCCCAUUUCUUACCUCGUCAACAACCUAGCCGUCAUCCGGCAUCUUGAAGGCUCUUUUGAGGAGGCUCGAACGUUGUACGAGGAGGCUCUCCCCUCUGCUAUUGCUACGGGCACAUCGGAAUCAGAUAAUGCGUCCGCUACCAUGCUAUAUAAUCUAGCACGAGUGUACGAGGACGUUGAUGAUCCAAGUGCUGCACAAGACGCAUACUAUAAGCUUCUUGGACGUCACCCCGAGUAUGUCGAUGCUAAGUGCCGUCUUGCUAUCAUGCGCAUGGACGAAAAGCGUUAUGACGAGGCCCACACUUUCAUUAAACAAGCUCUCACAUCGGAUCCCAAAAACUCUGAAGUUCGGGCGUUCUACAUUCACCUUCUUUGUGCGACGGGCCAGAGUAAGACUGCGAAGGGAUUCACAUUCAAUGUGCUCAAGGAUGAUGGUCGCGAUGUUUAUGCCUUGUGUGCGGCGGGAAGGCUUUCAUAUCAAGAAGCCCGUGAGAGUCGGGAUCCAUCUCCUCAAGCCGUCGCUGUGCGAAAGGACAAUUUUCAAAAGGCUGCCAAUAUCUUCAUCAAAGCUCUUAGCAUCGAUCCUUCUUGUGCCAUUGCCGCCCAAGGACUUGCGAUCAUCAUUGCAGAAGAUUCCUUGGAGGCUUGGACCCCAGGACAACUGACCGAGGACAUACAGUUUCGUAAUCGGACCUUGCGCAAUACUCGCCAAGCCUUAGACAUCCUCGCAAAAGUACGCGAGUCUCUGAAUGACGGCAGCGUGCACAUUAACAUGGGUCACUGCCAUUUUGUUCGGGAGGAAUACGAGAAGGCGAUCGAAAAUUACGAGACAGCCUCUCAACGGUACUAUCAAGGUCAGAACGUAUCUGUCCUGAUGUAUCUUGCAAGGACGUGGUUUGCCAAAGCCAACAAAAGCAGCAGUUUCGCUGCCAUGCGUCAGGCAUUGAAGUUUGCGCAAACUGCGUACCAUGCACAACCAUAUGAUAAGGCUGUGUUAUACAACAUUGCCAUGAUUGAGCAGAAAGCAGGUGAACUCAUGUUUGCUUUGCCACCAGAUAAACGGACUCUGGCAGAUUUGCAAUCCGGGAUUGCACAUGCCGUACAUGCUCAAAAGCUUUUCCUUUCAUUAGCAUCGGACACAGCGAGACCAUUACCUUAUAGUCAAGACAUUGCUCAGCAACGACACAAGUAUGGUGAUACCAUGCUUCGGCGGAGUGCAGAGCAUCUAACUGCUCAAAAAGCCCAUGAGACCGAGUAUCAAGCGCGUCUCGAUCAGGCCCGUAAAUCCAGGCAGGAGCUGAAAGAAAGGCAGGACGCCGAGCAGGCGAAAAAGCUUCUUGAAAUCCAAGAGCAUGCGAAGGCGCUCGCUGAACGUCGAGCAGCACAGCGAAAAGAGGUCGAAGAAUGGGCAGUCCGACAAAAGCAAGAGAGUGAAGAGGAAGAUGAACGGAAAGCCGACAAAGCUAGGAAGGCGGCCGCUCGCAAAGCCAAGCAGGAGGCUAAUUUUAGCGGAGAUGAAGGCGGCGAAUCCAGAGGGAAGAAGAGGAGGAAGAUUAAGCAAAGAAAGCGAUGGGGGAGGAAGAGCCCGAUUCUGUUCUUUCGAACGAGGAGGAUGCUGGAGAGCAAACUGAUGGGGCUGGCAAACCCAAAAAGGUGA